GAGAACUGCCCGUCACCCUUUUCUUCUUCUUUCUUUUCUUUUCUUUUCUCUCCCUUCCGCAGUCCUCGUGCCGAGCUGCAUUGAGUGAAGUCUGAUAUCUGCUGUCACUAGCUAGGCGGCAUGGGAGCGAAGUGAGAAAUAGAAACAACGUUCCUCAUCGUUGCCUGAUCUACCAACCUACCAGCAGAUCCAUCUCCCAUUGAUUGAUAUGUACCCAAGUAUCAUACACCACACGUGGUAAAUAGUAAAUAAAUUGAUUAUAUCAUCACCAUCUUUGUUUGUAUUUAAUUCACCUCUUGGGACAUUUAUUUACUCCGCAUUCACAUCUUCCUUUCCCUGGUGAAUCCUUUGAUUCGGGUUGCUUGUUUCAUCGUUAAUCUCAUCACCAACCCUCAUCAGCCUCAUCACCAACCUUUCUUAUUAAACCGAAUUUGAUCAGCGCCAGGAACAUAGCCAUAAUCAUACUAUGGCGGCGAAGCAACUUCCAGCGGUUCUUCGCAUUACAUCGAGCGCUACGAAUCAGGAUGAGGGUUUUCUUCUGCACGUCGAAUCUGCUGGGUCGCGACCUCUAGAUCUGAAGUUGGUUGGAACGGAUGGCGAACUCGUAUUUGCGGUCUCAGUGAAGCACAGCAAAUUACCUUCACUCAAGUCAAAGAAUUCUCCAUGUAGCGACGAAGAAUGGAUUCUGAUUUUGUCCUCCAUGCUGCUUCAUGAGCCGCCGACGGAAGAGAAUGAGAAUGUGACCAGAGGAGUUGAGAUUCAUGCUAAAGUGGAGAAGAAAGCCGUGACCCUCGUGAUCCAAAAAGUUAUUGAAGGGAUCAAACAACGUCUCGGCGCAAUCAAACUGGAUGAAACUGAAGAAGAAGAAAUUGGCCUUUUUGAAUGGUGCGCUCUAGCAACAAGAGCGGCAGAAUCGGCAAAGGAUGAGUUGGAAACAUUACGCACUAAGUACAGGGAACAGCAGAAAAUGUUAGAUGGAUUCAAUGAAACUUUCAGGGAAGUAAACAAAACAAAAUCCGACUAUGAGAUUCAGCUGUUGGAGAAGUUUAGCCUCUUGCAGAAUGAGAAGAAGCUCAAAAUAAGGGACCAACAAACCUUAUUAGCAAGCGCCAAAGUUGAUCCAGGAAAAUUCGAUACAGUGCGAGCUAUAAGAUCUGGGAAGCUCAGAACCGCCGGCGCAUCGAGAACUGGGAAGCGCAAAGCUGGAAAGGAAGUGCAGGCUGAAAGCUCAGAUUCAGACGAUGCGUUUGAAAAAAUGGAUAUUGACAAAAAGCAACAGGAGGAUGAUACUGCCGACGAAUCAGACCAGCAAGAGAUACAAACUCCUGAUCGCUCGGAUGAAGAGACUGAAGAUGAGGCAGACGCUUCACAGUCAAAACCUCAACGUCGCAAGGGAACAAAUAUUGUUCAAGAUGAUUCGGAUGAGGAAAUGCAAACGGCACCUAAACCAACAGAGACAACAAAAAUCGCCGAGCUACCAGCUAAAAGGGAACUACCAUUUGCCAAAAAGGCAGCUCCGGUACCUGCGCCCAAACCUGCAGAUGAUGGAUCUGAGACCGAAUCGGGCUCGGACGAUGAAUUAUAAUAGACAUCCUCAUUCCAAUAAGAAUUACCAUUCAAUGAAUAACGGGUCAAAUCAAAGAAUGUCUCACACUAUCUCAUCGACAUUACACAAUAUAUAAAUGUGAUUGGAUCUCGCAAAUAAUAUGACUCUUCCCAAGCGCAAACGAUAUGCAAAUCAUAAUCACGACUCCAAUUCUUAAUUCCCAUUCACGCACUUCAUCCACUUGCACCAACUCGGCAAUCCCAAAGCUAAAGCUCCACAGUGACUCGUGCGUAUCCCUGACAACCACAAUCUCGAGCGGGAUUUUCAGAGUUGACGAUAUGACGGUGGGGGAAAUUGUGCAUGUCGCAUGCACAGGUGGGGUGUAAAUAUGUAUGCACUCUAUGCAGCGCGAGAGUGUGGAUAUCACACCGACAUUUCUGUAUGCUACGAAGAGGGGCGUUACUGGGUGGUGAUUAUGUCCCGUCGUGUGGCGGGGGAUAUAUGAAGGGACCUGGAACGCGUUCGAGGAAUGGGUAUUGUGUGAACAAUGAUGGAGAGAAAGGCUGGCGGGAGUUGGUCGUGGUCAGAAUAUGGUUUGUGCGGAGAUGUGGCUGGCAGCUUUGGGGGCCGCCGCCAAAAAAAUAUGAAGGAGGUAAAUAAAUAAAUUUUCCAGCCUUCUUUUGUUUCUGUGGUAAUGCUCUCUUGCAUCAAAUAUAUCACUUGCGUCCAGCCUCCGUCAAGUGAUGGGGUUCAUUCGUGGUCAUGAAGUCUUGACCGCACUAUCAAUCACACGAAGACA